AGCAAGGCUCCUAACUCACUGGGAACAACUGGAUUAUGGAGUACAGUUUACAUCUUCUCGGAAGUUUUUCACAAUUUCUCCAAUAAUUCUAGAAUGCUGCCCUCUAGAGCAAUAGCAGUCAGCCCUGGCGAAGGGACGCCGUCACGGUGUAGAUGACGUCACUUCCGGGACGCCAGGUUCGGGCUUGUUUGUGCCAAAGAGAGCAGUCGACGGUCUUUGCUAGGGAAAGGCGACGAGUGGUAGCCACUGUCGUUCACGAGGAAGGAAUUAUUUAUAGAGGAAGUAUGCUAAUAUUGAAUAAGACAGCAGGAGUUUUUUCUAAACUGUCAAAAAGGAAAGUUUAUGAAUAUUUAAGAAGUUUUAAUUUUCAUUCUGGAACACAGUUUCUUCAUAAACUAGUAUUGGGAAUUGAAACCAGUUGUGAUGAUACAGCAGCUGCUGUGGUGGAUGAAACUGGAAAUGUGUUGGGAGAAGCAAUACAUUCCCAAACUGAAGUUCAUUUAAAAACAGGUGGGAUUAUUCCUGCAGUAGCUCAACAGCUUCACAGAGAAAAUAUACAACGAAUAGUGCAAGAAGCACUUUCUGUUAAUAGAAUCUCUCCAAGUGAACUCUCAGCAAUUGCAACUACAAUAAAACCAGGACUUGCUUUAAGCUUGGGAGUAGGCCUAUCAUUUAGCUUACAGCUGGUAGACCAAUUAAAAAAGCCAUUUAUUCCCAUUCAUCAUAUGGAAGCUCAUGCACUUACUAUUAGGUUGACCAAUAAAGUAGAAUUUCCUUUUUUAGUUCUUUUGAUUUCUGGAGGUCACUGUCUAUUGGCAUUAGCUCAAGGAGUUUCAGAUUUUCUGCUUCUUGGAAAGUCUUUGGACAAAGCACCAGGUGACAUGCUUGACAAGGUGGCAAGAAGACUUUCUUUAGUAAAACAUCCAGAGUAUUCCACCAUGAGUGGUGGGAAGGCUAUAGAACAUUUGGCCAAAAAAGGAAAUAGAUUUCAUUUUGAUAUCAAAGUUCCCAUGGAACAUGCUAAAAAUUGUGAUUUUUCAUUUUCUGGACUUCAACACAUUAUUGAUAGAAUAAUAAUGCAAAAAGAAAAAGAGGAAGGUAUUGAGAAGGGACAAAUCCUGUCUUCAGCUGCAGACAUUGCUGCUGCAGUACAGCACACAACAGCAUGUCACAUUGCAGAAAGAACACAUCGUGCUAUUCUGUUUUGCAGGCAGAGAGACUUGUUAUCUCAAAGUAAUGCAGUACUGGUUGUAUCUGGAGGUGUUGCAAGUAAUUUCUAUAUCCGAAGAGCUCUGGAAAUUGUAACAAAUGCAACACAAUGCACUUUGUUGUGUCCUCCUCCCAGACUGUGCACUGAUAAUGGUAUUAUGAUCGCAUGGAAUGGUAUUGAAAGAUUACGUGCUGGGUUGGGCGUUUUACACAACACAGAAGGCAUCCGCUAUGAACCAAAAUGUCCUCUUGGAGUAGAUAUAUCAAAAGAAGUUGGAGAAGCUGCCAUAAGAGUACCAUGGUUAAAAACGAAGAUUUGAUUUUUGCUUUUCAAAAAAAUCCCUCAAGCCAAGAGAGAAUGGAUUAUAAGGCCCUCAGACUGCAUGGAGGCAAUUGAGUGAAGUGAACGGAAAAAAAGGAGGGCUCUGAAGGACUCAGUGAAGCCCAGCUUGCUUUUUCAUCAUAUUUAUCUGCUGCUGUAAAGUAACAGAAGCAGACAUACACCAAAAUUUGUACCUGUUCGAAACAGUGGUCUUUAAGCAAAGACUUAAGCCUUCCUGCUGCAAAUCAAAGACACUCUGUAAAUAUGGAAAAUGAUCAAAACUGGUGGCCAUAUUUUUUAGUCAUACAUGUGUAACUUGCUAGGCAGUAAUUUCAGAUUUUAUUUUUAUUUAUUUUUUGCAUGUGGCUGACUGGUACAGGCAUCCAAAAACAUGACCUUGGUGUUACCAGCACCAUGCUCUCCCAAGUGAGCUAACUGGCCAGCUUCAGGUUUUAUUUUUAAAUAAAAUACUUUAAAAGUAUACAUUUCAGGUUUUAGAAGUCUCAUGCAUUUUAAUAUUUAUCAUUAAGUAUCUCAAGGUAUUAACAGUGAGUGUUAACAUGUAGACUACUUGGAACCAGACCUCAUAGUUAUACCACUCAUGUCAGUUGAUAGAUUUUAAUAGGUUUAAGUACAGGCAUUCUUUUAUAGAAAUCCUACUUAUUUUGUGAAACCAUGACUCUGACCUGAUGUUAAAUUUCAUUAGCCAUGCUAAGGAAAUUCUGUUUAGUAUCAGUAUCAAAACUCCAUUUCAAGAAGAUUGCUUAGCUAUAUGUAUUUUACCAUAAUUUAAAAGUAAAAAAAAUUUUUUUUAAAGAUUGU